GGGAAAAGACGAGAACAGCUAGCUAGAGCCAGACAGAUCGCACACGAUCUUUUAAUCCGAAAACUCUCUUUGACCGCUCCCCCAAACGCUGCCUUAAGUCCAUUCACCCACCGGAAUCUCUUAAAACCGCUCCGAUGAACCCGGUUCUUCCAUCCUCCGAUCCACCUCUUCCCUCUUCUUCUUCGAUUGCCUCUCGCUGGAGCGUCUGAAUCUGAUAUUUUCUAGGGUUUUUUCUGGUGCCAAGAUGGUGGGGCCUGAGAACCUGGAUGGUUCUUCGCCGCCACCGCCGCUGCUGUCACAGCCGGUAAUCACGAAGAAGUACGGUGUCACGAAGCCGAUAUCUCUUGCCGGUCCGUCGGAGGCGGAUUUUCAACGGAAUGCGGAAUUGGAGAAGUUCUUGACUGAUUCGGGGCAUUAUGAGAGCAAUGAUGACGCUGCGAGGAGAGGAGACGUGCUUGGGCGUAUUGAUGAGGUUGUGAAAUGUUGGGUGAAGCAAUUAACUCGCCAGAGAGGUUACACAGACCAAAUGGUUGAAGAUGCAAAUGCUGUUAUUCUUACUUUUGGGUCAUAUCGUCUGGGGGUUCAUGGGCCUGGGGCUGACAUGGAUACCUUAUGUAUUGGACCAUCUUAUGUGAAUCGAGAGGAAGAUUUCUUUAUUAUAUUGCAUAAUAUGCUGGCUGAAAUGGAAGAAGUUUCUGAGCUCCAACCAGUUCCUGAUGCUCAUGUCCCUGUAAUGAAGUUCAAGUUUCAGGGAAUAUCAAUUGAUCUCCUUUAUGCAAGUAUUUCGCUACUAGUUGUGCCAGAAGACUUAGACAUCUCAGAUCGCUCUGUGCUGUACAAUGUUGAUGAGCAAACUGUUCGAAGUCUUAAUGGAUGUAGGGUUGCAGAUCAAAUUCUAAAGCUCGUUCCAAAUAUUGAGCACUUCCGCACGACGCUCAGAUGUUUGAAGUUUUGGGCUAAAAGGCGCGGUGUUUACUCAAAUGUUACUGGAUUUCUUGGUGGUGUAAAUUGGGCUCUUUUAGUUGCUCGGGUCUGCCAGCUUUAUCCCAAUGCAAUUCCCAGUAUGUUGGUCUCCCGGUUCUUCAGAGUUUAUACACAGUGGCGUUGGCCAAACCCCGUGAUGCUAUGUUCAAUAGAAGAGAAUGAACUAGGUUUUCCUGUAUGGGAUCCUCGAAAAAACCCUCGGGAUAGAACCCAUCAUAUGCCAAUUAUAACCCCUGCAUACCCCUGCAUGAAUUCUAGCUACAAUGUAUCUACAAGUACCCUUCGGGUUAUGAUGGACCAAUUCCAUCAUGGUAACAGGAUCUGUGAGGAGAUUGAGCUAAACAAAGCCCAGUGGUGUGCUCUGUUUGAUCCUUACCUGUUUUUUGAGGCGUACAAAAACUAUUUGCAGAUUGACAUAAUUGCUGCAGAUGCUGAUGAUUUGCUAACUUGGAGAGGCUGGGUAGAAUCUCGGCUUAGGCAACUUACUCUGAAGAUAGAACGGGACACAUAUGGAAUGUUGCAGUGCCAUCCUUAUCCAAAUGAAUAUGUAGAUACUUCCAAACCAUGUCCGCAUUGUGCAUUUUUCAUGGGCUUGCAAAGGAAACAAGGGGUAAAAGUUCAAGAAGGCCAGCAAUUUGAUAUUCGCGGAACAGUUGAUGAGUUUAAGCAAGAGAUAAAUAUGUACAUGUUUUGGAAACCGGGGAUGGAUAUUUAUGUUUCCCAUGUUCGUCGGAAGCAGAUUCCUGCUUACGUUUUUCCUGAUGGGCAUAAACGGUCAAGGCCAUCAAGGCACACCAAUCAGCAUAGUGAAAAAACUUUUGAAGAAGAUGCUGAAGGCUGCAAGUCUCGUUCUGCUGAAAAGCAUCUCAAGAGAAAAAAAGAUUCUGAGACUGUGGAUGCGAGGGCAGAUAGACCAGAAAAACAAGCUUCUAUUAGUCCGCAAAGGCAGGGAUCUGUUUCUCCAGAAAGUUGUGCCAGUAGGUCUGGUGGAACAUCUCAGGCCAGCUGCUCUGGGGAGAUCAAAUUAGACACCUUGGUUGCUGGCGAUGUAGAUAGUAAUUCCAAAGAUAGGUCAUAUAGUGGGUUGCCAGAGAUUGGAACAUCCAUUGAUUGUGCAACUGCAGGUGGAACUGAUGAUCAGGAACCUAGAAAUAAUAAGAGACCUUUAGAUCGUUGUAGUUCACUUGGAGUGUGGAAUGAAGUAAAGCCAAAUGAACCCAUGGCCAAACCCCUUACUAGUGUGGAAGUAACUAAUGUCAGGAUGGGAGAAUGUCAGAUCUGCUUAGAAGGACACAAAGGGGGCAAUCCUCCGCUGACAGAUGCCGGCUAUCUUGAAACUGGAUGUACUGCAAGAGUGCUGAGUCAGAAAGAGGGUAUCAUUGAUAGUGGGGGAGACCUAGGGAAACCAAGCAACCACUGUGGAAAGGCAGAAAACAUGAAGAAUGCAUCGGGUCCAAAUUUCAGCAUUCAGAACCUCAGUUGCGAGGGUAAUGUAUGUGCAGCAGGUCUAGAUUCGACAUUGGAAAAAGGGUGUUUAAAUGGGAGCACUGUGUUAGAAAACAACUCGGCAGAAACAUUAGAGAAUGCUGCUAGUUCUGAAUCAGUGCAGAAGCCGGUGAUGAGGCAUGUGUUUGAAACCCUUAGUUUUUCAUUGUGAUUCAUGUUAUCUUUAUACUGUCCCCCGUUUGGUUGUUUCUGUGCUUUUCUCCUAGCAGGUUGAGCCUGGAAUCAACAGCAUAAAUUCGAGUCCAUCUUUCAAGAAAUCAUCGCUGUCAAGGAGAGGAGAGGAGAGUAUAGAAGAGGAAGGUCACCCUGGGUGGCUAGGCUUUUGCCAUGCUUUGAUGUAUACAAAACUAUACACUUUGGAUCGGAAGCAGGGGUGAGGCUGUACAGAGGACUGUGCAUAGUGUGGCCGCGUAGGUGCGGUUCGUGCUGUUCUCUGCUGUGCCAUUGAAGCUCAGUGCUUCUAUCACCCGAAACAUCCCCCCCCCUCUCCCCCCCCUCCUCAAAAAAAAAAAAAAGAAAGAGCGAGAGAGGAAAGAAAAAAAAGAAAAGAAAAAAAAGAGAGAAGGAAAAUGCUUUGAGCUUUGAAGUAAACUAUUGGGACAGAACUUGAAGCUGUCAAGCCUAUCUCAGUUGAGCAGCUUUGGUACUUGUUGGUUUGUAUGGAAACUCUUUCUAUCUUUGUGGGUUGUAUCUUAAGGAAUGGGAUUAUGGACGACCUAACUAGAGCACCUUGUUGAGCAAGGGUGAGUUGUGUGGUUAACAUUUUGUAAGGAUUCCUCCAUUUCUCUGUUAGGCUCUGUGCCUUCUCUUAACGUGUGGCUUGUGUACCUAAUAA